UUAAAUAUGGCGGAUCUUUGAUCCUUUACCUUGUCACAUACCGAAACAAUCUCUCUCUUUGGCCGCGCUGAACUGAGACUCUCCUAUAUCAGAAAGUCGAUGGAACAUUGUUGUGGCGAUGGCUACAAGGAAUCUGACGGAUACUUACGUAAAUCUUCGCACCGAAAUCAGCCGCUUCAAGGCAUAUUCGUUGGGUGACUCUGGUGUACGUUGUGAUAGUCCAGGGGACGAUGAUACCGUUGCCCUUGUUAGAAGAACCAGUGAUCUGGAACUCGGCGUACAGGCCGGAGGAAUUAGUUCUUUACCGCCUCAAUGGGUUGAUGUUGUUGAGGAGAUUCAGUAUGAAAUCACUAAAAUAAAACAAAGAAUGCAAGAACUGGCUACUCUUCAUGAUCGCCAUCUGAACAGACCAACCCUUGAUGACAGUGUGGAUGAAGAACAAACAAUAGAAAUAACAACAAAGGAAAUAACACAGAUGUUCCAUCAAUGUCAAGGCUCUAUUCAGAGAAUAGGACGCCAAAGUAGAAAUUCCUCCAAACAAGAACAUCGUCUUCUAAAAAAUGUCAUGUCUUCAUUAGCUGUUAGUCUACAAGAACUCUCUACCAAUUUUAGAAAAGGGCAGUCAUCAUAUUUGAAAAGACUAAAGAACCGGGAAGAAAGGGAAAGACAAUAUUUUGAUACAGGAUUACCUGCCACUAGUAGUGCACUCAUGAAUGAAGAUGUAGUUGAAGAUGAUGAACUUUAUGACAGGGGUUUUACAUCAGACCAGAUGAGGUUGGCAGAGGAGAACACAGCUUUAAUUGAGCAGAGAGAAAAAGAAAUCCAGUCUAUAGUUCAGUCAAUAUCAGAGCUUAAUGAAAUUUUUAGAGACCUUGCUACCAUGAUUGUAGAACAGGGUUCAAUUUUGGAUAGAAUAGAUUACAAUGUAGAACAAGCGGCUGUGAAAGUUGAAGAGGGCUUGGAGCAGCUUAGAAAGGGUGAAAAGCACCAGAAAUCCUCACGCAAGAUGUUGUGUAUAAUUCUUUUAGCAGUUACUGUAAUUAUCAUGCUUUUAGCGCUUGUAAUCACAAAAGCUUCAUAAUGAGCAUGUGUUUGGUCCAUCCAUUCCCUUUAUAUUAGGUUGUUUCAUAUUAAUUUGUAUAUUUGAUAAAAAAUACAUUAUGUAUGGUUAAGUCAAAGGAAAAUUUAGGUUUUUGCAUUUGGAAGGAGUUACAAUAGGUUUUUUAAUUACAGCACUGUUUAUCCUGUCCAUGGUAACUGUGAGUCAAAAACAGUUAUAUGGUUGAAGGUCAGGGAAGUCUUGCCUAGAAAUCAGUUGUUUCAUGUUAAUAAUUAUGAUUAUAAUAAUGAAUGUAAAUGAUUGUUUAAUCAGUGGUCUUGUGAUGUAAAAGUCAGGCUUAUCAACCAUGUAUUGAUUGUAACUUUUCAACUGCCAUCAAUGCACAAUUGACUAGGUCUGACUCCUACAUCGUGUGACAAGUGAUAAAACAUUCGUUCAUUUUUAAAGCCAUGAUGAACAACAACAUUUUCUUUAACAGUAAUGAAUAAUUUUACAGGAUAGCCCUUUAUUGCAUAAGUGCUGUUGGCAAAAGGAUUCUGUUUGAAUAAAAAUACAAGAACAAAAACUUUAAAACAAGAUAAAAAUGACUGUACAACUUAUGCUGCCAUUGCAUUAGCUAAACAAUACAAAAAAAUUCAUCAGCCCCUCUGUAACCAAACAACAAUUAACAGAUAACAAGUUAGGGUCAAUGUUGGUUUAGGGGAGGGGUAGAUGUGCAGUUGCACAGAUACUGACAUUGAUCAUAAUACCAUACUACUUACUACUCAGCCUGGUUUUUUAAGGUAAAGAGUGAAAAGAUCAGUGAAGCUAAGCUGAAAGCAGAAGUUGAAGGUUUUCUGAAAAAUUUUCAUUUCUCUCGGAAAAAUUGUGAUUUCCCAUCACACAUGAACGUAAAUACUUCUUUUGAAGUUCAUUUCUUAGUUCUUUAAUCUUCAAUCUUACUCUCCUAUUAUAAUUACA